UUUGAGAUAAAUAGGAAAUGACAAAUUGCGCACACAUAAGAGAAAAAAGGGGAACGACUUUACAUCUUCAUUUCCAUCCGGAUCGGACACGGGAAAUGGGGUUUGCAACAUGUCAAAAUUCGUUAAAAGCAUUCUGCCCUCUUGCUAGUACGUUCUCACGUUUCGUCAUCAACUCAGAAAAAGGUGACAGGCUUUACCAUUAAAUCAGCUACGAAAAAAUGCUCUCCCGCUCAUCUAUGAUCCUGUUACUCUCUCUCGAGCGAUCGUUGCUUCGAUUAUUCUGAGCCAAAAAUCGUUUGCUUUCCAUCCAUUUGAUGACAGAUCAGGCCAGUCGCUUCGAUACGAUCGUACGGAUCGGCGGUCGAUCCGUCUGUCUGUUGUCUGUCUGUCUUGUUUUUUUUUCGCCACCUCCCCAGUCGAUCGACUGUACAACGAACGUCCGAAGAUCAACCGAACCCGAAAGCGAUUGUUACGAAACAACGGAUAAAAACGAAACUAUAACCGCACGGCGGCGGCCUUAUGUUGAAUGCCGCUCUCGGCCGACAGCUUUCAGAAACGAACCGAAGUUCGGCCGGCGUAUGUUUAUGCCAGUAUGACAGCGGCUCUGAAGCAGUAGUGACGAACUUCCGAACCGUGCUUGUUCCCGUGCGGAAAGAAAUAAAGUCUGGCCAUUCCGUAAACACAGCCGAGCUGUUGUAUCUCAGACGGUCGGCUACAGUAGGCUAAAGGCCGUCAGGCAACACGCCAUUCGCUCGGUUGUGUGGUUUGGAUAAUGGAUCGUGAUGAAAUGGUCGACGACUGAUCAUAUAAAGUGAUAUCCCAUUUCCUGCGUAUCGAUCGUAUCGAUCGUCUGAAAAGGCUGGUGCUCAGUGUGAAAGUGAUCAAAGUGAAGAAAGGAUCCAUUACGUGCCACGUGUUCGAAGCAGUCAGUUCGAUGGAGACGCCCAGUGUUUCACGGUGCAAGUGAAUUUCUUUGUCAGUGGCAACCAGUGUGAUCUCAUUCUCGAAGAGUGUCCCCGAUUUUGAAGUGAAUCAAUGUGUGUGUGUGUGCGUGCAGUUCGUUUAGCAGCAUUUAAUUUCAAUCAAAAAACCCCCGGGGAAAAUCGAAAUCGUAAAAUUCGACGUUAACCAAUUGUGUGCCAACACGUUGUCUCAGCUCACAUAGUGGCAAUAGCAGCACGCGCAAGUGUAAUCAACAAGUGAGCUCCAAAGUCAUCCCGCGAUCACCAACAGCCAGCCUGUUGUUAAUUCGCACGGUUUUUCCUCUAUUUAUAUAUCCCGUUCAUCGGCACAGCAGCAUCAGCAUCAUCAACAUCACCUCCACUGGCUGAAAGGGAGCAAAAGCGAUAAAACGCCAGAACAAAGGCGGGAAGGCAGAAAUCUGCACUCACGCACGCACGCACGCUCAGGGUGACACGGUGUUUUAAUACUGAUUUUCUUUCCCAAACCUGCUUACAAGAGUAAACGGGGCGUGUGGAGCGCGUUGUACGUCGUGUCUGUUGUGCGUUCGAACCAUCCCGUCGUAGGUCGGUGUGCUUCUCCGGCGUGGUUGGAAUGGAAGGUUGCCAACUAGAGCGCUGGGUUUGAGCGGGUUUAUUAAGCAAAGGCAGGGCACCAUACAAAUGGGUGUACCGGGAGGUGCCAGAUGCAAAAGUGUUUGUUAGUGUGCAACACGGGUUCUGUGCUGCAACAACGACGACGACGAACACGACGAAAAUCAGGCCGUAUUCCUUAGUGCUUCGUCAUCACGCACGGCAUGUCCGCCCCCGGACUACAGCCACCCGCCGAAAUCACUGCCGAAUGGACCGUUCAUGCACAGCUCACCCUUUCCUCGACCACUCCCGCCAGCGACAACAACAGACGCCCUUCGGAUGUUCCUCCGCCGUCUACAUCAACGGCCGAGGGAUGCACCGCCGAGGGCCAUCAGCAGCCUGGACCUCCAGGACCCAACGCUGCCACCCCUGAUGUCCGUGGGGGAGGUGGAUCCGAUUCAAAUGUUAACCCCUCCCCGAACCAUCUAGCUCCUCCAACAUCUUCCUCGUCCAGUGCAGUCGGGAAUCCAGUAAAGGUUGUUUAUAAAUUUAGCACGGCUGACCAUCCCUUGCAGCAGAAACAGUUCACCGUGUCCUCCACUGCAGCGCCGGGCGGUGGCAAGAGUAGCGUUAUUUUUAACACCGAUCCAUCAUCACCUUCCUCACCGGUCGCGCUCGCUCAGACUCCCAGCGGUGACGGACCUCCACUGCCGGGCACAGAAAAUGCGGCCCAACUUUUCCCCAAAUGUACCAGCACCUGCAGCAUCGUACUGACUGCCUGCACGGAUCUCUUACCAACGACCGACACACUGCCUAUCAUUGUCAACAAAUGCGAAUCCACCAACAAUAUCGUUGUGGAUAAAAGCACCAACUUCCCCGAGAAGUCCGCCAGCAAUUCCAAGGAUGUCAGCUGUCAGACGAGCGAUUGGGAAACAAACAGCAAGAAAGAGGACAAGGAAGUUGCUACCACGGGGUCUGUAAAGCGUCGAGGGUUGGCUCAGAAAUCCACUACCGAUGCGUGUCUUCUUUCGCCGCCUCCGCGAAGACGUGGUGAGGAUAGGUUCGAUUCGCUCAUCCGCAAAUCGGUCUCGCCGCUCAUCAAUCCACUCGUCUCGCCUAGUAACACGAUCCGCUCCCAGCAAUCAAGCGUGCGGGACACUUCGGCGGCCAAGAAGAAACCACGCACGGUGCACAUUGAUGUGUACUGUACUGGGUCCGACGCGGAAUCUGGGUCCGAGUGUGGUUCCUGCUGUUCGUCGAAUGAAGGUGCCAAGUCGCUGCCUUCAUCGGGAGCCUCGUCAGCAUCUUCGUCUCACUCGUCCGUCUCGUCGGGCAGCCGCUUUGACACGAGCCACAUGAUGGAGCUGAAGGCGGCAGCUUCAAAUCCGAACAUCGAUCCUGCACAUCCGACCGUGUACGAGUCGGAGGAGAUGCGGGUGCGCCACAAGCGUGCCGGAAAGCAUGAAGUUCCCAGGCGUUUGAUGCAGCAAACUAUCGAUCAAAACACGCUUUCCACCAUCGGCAGUCUGAAGAGAACUGGCUCUGCACGGCCUGGACGCCCCAGGAGAAACACAGCGACCGACGAGAUCAAUGAAUCGAAGCAAAUCCUCUUCAGCAAACAUCUGGGCGAAGUGCCUCCACAACAGCACGAGGAGCAAAUUCAGGAUGCAUUUAACACGUACUUCCGGCGCGAUGUGAGCGAUGAUGCCAUCAGCUCGAACUACGCUCUCUCGGCUGAUCGAUCGACGCGGCGUGACGUUACCGGAAGCAGUAUCUCGAGUGCCUUCGCCUGCGGUGGAUUCUACGAGGACGAUGAGGAUGGUGGUGAAGCGCGCAAACUGAACCGUAGUGGAACUACCGCCACGCAGUCGGACAGCUUCGAGUACGACAAUAGCGAGGAUCGGUAUCGUAUCCACGACAUGGAGCGUGUCUGGAAGCAGCAGCACUGGAAGUCGCCUUCAGUCGAACGAAGACUCCUGCAGAUGCACAAUCCUCCGACAAUCCGAUCGUCCUGUCAGAGCCCUGACUCGGACCACAACAUGACCGAGUCGGAUCACAGCUUUGUGUACGAUGAGGCACCACAUCCGCUUCACGCCUCGAAUCCGUCCCUGAACGAGUACAGUGACUCGAGCCCUUCCACCGUCAAGAGUGCCUCGCAGCGGGUAUCGGAUGGGCCGCACCGAUCGAUGUUGCUUCAGCAACAAGCCGUCCUUGCCGCAACACUGCAACAAAAGCGAGAGUUUUCGCCGGUGGAAGGUUACACCGAUGAGUACCUGGCGAUCGCAAGGCGCUUUGGUAGUCUAAUUACAGGUCGACGGAAACCCGGCACUCACAUGGGUCCAGUGCGUAACCCGGAGUGUCCAUGUGAGCACUGCAGGCGUUGGGUGUUGGAGCGUGACUCUGGUGGGAAUGGAAGUGUUCUGCGCGAGCGAGCCCUUUCGGUGGAUGCUACGGGUGCACCGAACGGUAUCGUCGAUAUGCGUCGACAGUUCCACCUGCUAAACACCAAUGUCCGCGAAACCUAACCAACCCAGAUGCCUUUGAAGAGCAUUUUAAACAUAACUUCUAUUUGCGUACUCCUUACUCAGUGUGUCAUGCCAACUGUAGGAUAUAGGUUACGGUUCUCAACCGAACUUCCGGUAGGUAGCAGAAUGUCGAUCAAGUGCGCAAAAUAAUGCAGGCAGGAUGUGUGGUGUGGAUAGUAUACUCCCUGGAGGAAUGUUUCAGAAAAUAAAAGUUAUACUUUGAACUAAAUGUCCAAA